CAGUGGAGACCCUCGCAGCCGCCCCUCGUGCCACCGGAUCCACCCGAGCGCGGUGGGAGGGGUGGAUCACCGUCGGCGGAUCACCGUCGGCGAGGGGCGGCCCUACGCGGCGGCCGUGGCGCGGAUGCUGCAGAAGGCGCGCCUCGCUCGCUCCCGCGCUCCCGACCCUCGCCAGUACUGAUGGAUCGCGCGCGCUACCGCUGGCAGGGAGGCAUCACCGGCCCGCAGCGCUCCCGCCACCUCGAGAAGAGCGACGCCGCAUCCCGCACGCUCGAGGUGGGCGAGGUGCCUUGGGACGGCAACUCCUCGAGCAGGAAGCAGGCGGUCGGGGGAGCGGGGGCGACUCACACGGCAGGCGCGCGACCAGCCCUCGACCACCGCCUCGAAGACGGCCCGCCCUCCGCUUCGGAGGUCGAGCGAGCCUUUGGCCUGCACCGCUUCCGCGAGCCGGAGGCGCACGGGCUCGAGUUUGCGCGCGGCGAGGUGCGAUGCGUCUGCGGGUGCUGCGAGACGUGGCAGCGCUGGGUGAGCGGCAAGCCCUUGCUCACGUCGGCGGGCGGGCUUCCGGUCACUGUGCACGGCGGCGGCGCGCCACUCGUGCGGUACGAGGUGAUCACGGCCGAGCUAGUCGAGAGCCUCGCCAUCUGGUUCGCCGGCCUCGCAGGGCGGAGGCCGGCACCGCUCCGGGUCCUCGAGGUUGGCGCCGGUGACGGGCGCCUCACUCUUCACCUGCGGGCGGCGCUGAGACGGCGAGGGCUCUCGUCGCGCGAGGUGCAGCUCGUCGCCACCGAUAGCGGCGCGCGGGAGCUCGCCGCGUGCGAGCCGGGUGCGGUCGAGGCGCGCGACUACCGCUCCGCGCUGCUCGAGCACGCGCCGCACGCCGUGCUCUGCUCGUGGAUGCCGCUGGGGGAGGACUGGACCGCCGCCUUUCGCAGCAGCGAGUCGGUCGAGACGUACCUCCUCCUCGGCGAGGUGGACGACGGCUGCUGCGGCCGGCCGUGGGAGACGUGGGGCUACGACGCAGACGGGACCCACGGAAGCGAGAGCGAGGGCGACGGCGAGAGCGGUGGCGAGAGCGGUGAUGAGAGCGGUGAUGCGGGCGGCGGCGAGGGCGAGGGCGAAGGCGGGAGUGUGGGAAGGAAGCGGCAAUGCGGCGGGCUGCGGGCUGCGCGCCGCAGAAGCGCGGUGGACUGGGCGCAGCGGCUGCCCGCCGUUGAGACCGCAGGGCCGCCGGGUCGGCCUGAGGGUCGGCCCGAGGAGGACGCUUGCGCGUGGCGGAGGGUGUACGAGCGCCGCCCGCUCCGCACGCCGUUCGGCGCAGACGGGUGGACGCGCAGGCCGCUGCCCGGCGUGAGCUGCCAGAUCUGUCGGACCGACGCGCCGUGGUGCAACAGGCGGCACUCCCAGGCCGUCUGCUUUGAACGGCUCCCAGACAGAUAGCGCAGAGUUUGUCGUGCGGGCGGUUGUCUGUUGGGCGGCUCUCUGCGCUCACGUGACCGGACCCGGUGAGCGCACCCGCGUUUGCGACCACGGGGACCCGAUUUUCGUUUACCAGAUGUCGUUUACACGC